AUGGAGAUUUGUCUUCUGGGACUUCUUAUUUGGUGCUUCCAUCUCAAACUCCUACAAGCAGCUGAAAUCUUUCAACAUCAACAAUCAGCUCCACCCAAGACCAGGACACCCAAAAUGAAGGAGUGGAUGCCUUCUUCGUCAUCUUUUUUGGUUUCAGCUUUCACUUGGGUGCCCACCCCUAACUUGGAUAAGGCUGACCCUGAGGGAUCGGAGGCAGCAAUGGCCUUCCUGUACUCUGGAGAUGUACUGAGUCUUUUACAAGCCAACUGUACCCAGAGAUUUGAAGUGAGGGCUUUGGGGAAGGACUCUGGCCCUCCGCCAGCCUUACAUUCCUAUCUACGCAGUGCUACUGACACCUUGACCCAUGCCACCAAUUUCCUCAAUAUGGUCUUCCAGACCAAUGACAUCCGGGAGUCCAGUGUGAAAGAGGAUGUAGAGUGGUACCAUGCCUUGGUCAGAAGCGUUAUGGAAGGGGAUUCCCAGGUUUACCGAGCCAUACUGACUUUUGAUGCUCAUCCUUUGUCUUCCAAGCCCCAGAUGAUACUCCAAGCCACGAAGGGGAAUAAUGAGAUCUUGCUCCAGGAUCUUUCUGCGUUCUCAGAGAAUCUAAGGAAUUUGACUUGGGAAAAUGAGUGGUACAAUUUCUUCCGGUUCCAGAGAACAUCACUGCUCCAUAAGCGAAUCCUCAGCAAUGACCUUAAGACCCUAGACACUCCCAAAUGGAGCCAAGGAGAUAGUUAUGUGAUGGAUCAGGGCUAUGUCAAAUGGUCACCACCUUUCUUGGAAUGUGAAGAUGGAAAAUUCUUGCCCACCUGGAUGGUCACACUCUCUUCUUCAUUCUACGGCCUCAAGCCUGACCUCAACCCAGAAUUCAAAGGGGUCAUGAGGCUGGAUGUUAAAAUCCAAAAUGUUGAUAUAAACCAGUGUGCCACUAGCGGAGGAUGGUUUGGAAACACACAUCAGUGUGACCUCAACAGCACCCAGUGCGUCCCACAGGAAAGCCAUGGAUUUGUCCUUGGAAAAUAUCAUUGUCUUUGCAAGCCAGGUUUCUAUGGGGGACAGAGAACUGCUACCUCCUCUUCCCACCCUUCCUCAACCAGUAACGGCUGGUCUGGACAAAGUGCUUCCCAGUAUGGAGCAGUGGAUUCUGGGAAUUUGCUGCAAUGCCACCCCUGUCAGGAAGGAUGCACAGCCUGCAUUGAUAGCACACCAUGUCUGAUCCAGGAAGAUUGGUCUCUACGGGCUGUUGUUCUUGCUUUUCAGGCUUUCUGCAUGCUGACAGUUUUCUUCAGCAUGUUAAUUUCUUACCACUAUAGGAAGAGCAAGAGGAUUCGGGCUUCAGGAGUUAUUCUUCUGGAGACAAUACUCUUUGGCUCACUCCUGCUCUAUUUUCCUGUCUUUAUCUUGUACUUCAAGCCAAGUAUCUUUCGCUGCAUUGUCCUGCGAUGGGUGCGCAUGCUGGGUUUUGCCAUUGUUUAUGGAACAAUCACUCUUAAACUGUAUAGGGUGUUAAAGGUCUUUCUGUCUCACACGGCUCAGCGAGUCCCUUACAUGACCAGUGGGCGAGUGCUGAAGAAGUUGGCAUUGAUCCUGCUCUUGGUCCUUUGGUUUUUGGCCGCAUGGACAGUGGGGAUGCUGGAGAAUAGAGAGAAAAACAUACCGCUGGUAGUCCGUUCACAGACUCCCAGGGGCCUCCAGUUUUACAUCUGCGAUCAGGACCGAUGGGAUUACAUGAUGGCUGUGGCUGAGAUGCUGUUCUUGUUUUGGGGAAGUUUUCUCUGCUAUGCUACCCGAACAGUCCCUUCUGCUUUCCAUGAGCCUCGCUACCUGUGCAUUGCUCUCCACAAUGAGCUGAUAACUUCGACUGCUUUUCAUGUCAUUAGGUUUUUAAUGGUUCCUUCCUUGCAUCCUGACUGGACUCUGCUACUGUUUUUCAUUCAUACUCACGUCACCACCACAAUGACACUUGCACUUAUUUUCAUCCCAAAGUUUCUGCAUGCAGGGUCACCCUUGCGGGAAGAAAUUGCUGCCGAGGUAUAUGAGGAUGAGUUGGAUAUGAGGCGUUCGGGAUCCUUCUUGAACAGCAGCAUCACCUCGGCAUGGAGUGAGCACAGCCUUGACCCCGAUGACAUUCGGGAUGAACUGAAAAAGCUUUAUACACAGCUGGAAGUUCACAAGACCAAGAAGAUGACGGCCAACAACCCUCACCUUCAGAAGAAGAGAAGUUCGAAGAGGGGCUUAGGCCACACUCUGAUGAAGCGUAUCACAGAGUUUCCUGAGUCUAUGUCCCGCCAGUGCAGCAAGGAGGAGAAAGAUGGGUCUAUCAGUGGAAGAAGACAAAGUCAUUCUGGCUCCUACAAGCAAAGAUGCUCGGGCUCUGGAAAUUUGAGUAUGAAAUUGAAAGAGGACUUCUCUUCCAAGCACAAAGUGGCCUUCCAAGCACAAGGUAGGAUUUCACUUAAGAAAUCCCAUAGUACCUAUGACCACAGGAGGGAUGUCAAGGGGAACAGUGUACUAACCAGACAUGACAGUUGCAAAGAAGCUUCUUUGUUGGACUCACUUAUGAGGAAAAAACUAGCCAAGAAAGCCUCAGAGAAAUCUGACAAUGACUCAGCCACUCUGGUAUACAAGUCAGCCAGUGCUCACAACCUGUUAGCAGAUAAGAAAUCUCUGCACCCCAAGCUUUCCGCUCUGCAGAAAUCUCUCUGUGUUGCCAGCAGUGCAAAAGAAAAUGCCUCACUGCUAACUAGCACAGCCAAUUUUGAAAAUACUCAUAAACUUGCCCAAAAGAAAGACACAAAAACAGCAGUGGAAGAUACCAUGACAGGAAGUAAGGUCUCCAGACAUACUGAAUUCAGUGAUGUAGCCUCAGAAAUAGUGGUGAAACAGCUCCAGAUAAAGAACCCAGCAAAAGAAAUUGAGAGACAUCUUCCAGAAGGUGGCAGGUCCAGCAAAGACAUUAUGUGCCUAUGGGAAGCUGUGACAGCCCCAUCAACACCAUUAGAAGGCAGAGCUGAAAGGCAUGUAACAUCUGCCCCCAUCAGGAGCGUGAGCAUCAACAUUUCUGAUUUGCCUGGGAGAAGACACCAUGCCAUUAAGAGGGCACCACCACCUCCCGCCAGGCAGCAAAGUUUAAUUCACAACCUUGAAGGGAAAUAUAUAGCUCCUUCGGAUACUUAUGAUAAAAAGCAACAUCCUGCUCAGUCUCCUCAAAAAGAACCCCCAAAUAUUCCAGUGCUAGUCAACAUAUGUCCAAAGGAAACAGAAGGGUAUUCUCCAUUAAAACCUGAAAUGGAAAAGACUAUGCAUGGAGAAGAUAAUGUGCCGCCUUCUUCUCUGGCGGGGCUAACCAGGCUAGCUUCCAUUGCUGCAGAAGUCUGCCCUUGGGAGGUUAUGGAAAUGCCCAUUCCAAGCAAGAAAGAUCUAGAGGUGAGUGAUUCAGAUAAUCAAAACAGCUCUCUUGAGAAACAAUCCCAAAGCCUAAUUUCCAAAAGCUCCAUAAAAAGCUUAGGUAUGGCUAUUAAAGCAUUCAACCGUUCAAAGAUAAAGAGAAACAUAAGUUCAGGAAAGAACAGUGAGGGUAGCGAAACCAAAAAUGAGAAAGACAUCAGUGGAAAACCCAAGUUGGCAGAAACAGCUUUAAUGUCUAUUGAAGGAUCAUCAAGACAAGAAGUACUCUCUAGGAGUUCUGGAUUUAGCAGGGCAAAGCCAAUCAGCAAACAAGCAGCUAUCUGCCCUUGGGAUGAGGAAGAAGAGACUUGUCCUAGCUCACAGAAGAAUAACCUAAACAGAGCCCUUGAGUUGUGUCCUUGGGAGAUGAACCAAGAUGUCCAGGACAGAGUGAGCAACCUAGCAGCAACAGCUUCCAAAAGUGCUGAGGAGAUCUCACCUAUCAGAUUGGAAAAGACCAAGAACCAGUGGGUAUCUCUGUGUCCCAGUGAGGCAAUAGAAGAUCAAAACAGAGAGAAUAAAACUUCUAACAUCUUGUUAAUGGUUUCAAAGACAGACAAGAAAGCUGAUACAUGUCCCUGGGAAAUAGCAAAUGCCAUAUCCAGCAACAAAAGCGACACAAAAUCCUGGAAAAUCAGUGGUGCCUUGCCACAAGAUGAGACAAUGAACAAAGACAAAAAGAAGCCUUCUGAUGAAUACAGAAAAGAGAUGCCUUCAAGACAUCUUUCACCUGAAACUCUAGAGAAGGUGUGUGGGCAGCAUGAUUCCAGGGAUACUAAGGAACCAUUUCUAGGAGCAGAGUCUACAAAAAGCCUAGAUUUAUCCAAAGUUGACCAAAAGAAAUCUAGAUGUAUUGGUAGUAGUGAGAUAGAAGUCAGUCCUUCAAAAACUGAACCAGCAGAAGAAUUUCCCUGUGAAGUGGCUUCAUGCCCUCUGGAAAACGUUAAAAUAGGACCUUCCAAAGAUUUUAUAUGGAAAGCAUCAAAUCCUCUGAAAAUACCUGAAGAUAACAUAUGGCAUGAUUCUAUCUGUCCUUUGAAAGGUACGGAAUUGGAGGAUGCUUUGCAAAAGACCAGUGCAAAAUGUUUAGAUCUGAGUAACACCUACUCAGAGAUGUCAGACAGUUUUCAGAGCAAAAUGGCAGGGAUGGCUCCUUGGGAAACACAAGCACCAAAUCUCAAAACAGUAGUAAGUCCCUGGGAAAAUAAGGCUGCAUCAACAUCAGAAACAGAACUUAGGGAAAAUUUAAGUGCAGUCUCCAGAGAGGAGAAAAAAGGAACUAGAGAAGUAGCAUUUGGGAAAGGGAAUAAUCAGAAUAGGGAAUCAAUCUGUCCAUGGGAGAGCAUAGUCAGUGAAGAUUUAUUGAUCAAACCUACAUCCAAGAACCUCUGUCUGUCCAAAUUCAGGUCAGAGAACUCAGAAAGCCUGAAAGACCGAAAGACAACAGUUUGCCCUUGGGAAGCUGAGGGCACUGAAAUUGCCAUUAAGGAAGAGGAAAUCUGCCCCUGGGAAACGUCAGUUCCUUCAACUAAAAUAGCUUCCAAUCAGGAUACAGAAGGAGCAACAAAAAGGACUGUAGCUAUUGUGUCUAAGCCUCCAGAUAAGGCACGUAGCUCACAAGAGACAAGUAGUCCUUGGGAAGUCCUGAACAUUGAUGAACUGCCAUCUAAGUCAAAUGUUAAAAGUCUAAACUCCCCCAAAUCUGGCAGUACAGAGAGCUUCUUGGCAGAAGUGUGUCCUUGGGAAACUAGGGAUAGUCCUAAGACUAUCUUACAGAAUGAAACAGGCCCUUCUAAAAUAACAGAGAAGGUAAACAAUCUCCAGGAAUUUGUCUGCCCAUGGGACAUUGUUGAUCCCAGCAUAAUUUCCAAAAUCCCUUCAAAUAACUUUGAUAGCACAGAGAGCUUAAAAGCAGAAGUCUGUCCUUGGGAAGUGACCAAAGACAAUGCUUCCGAAGUGGAUGAUGGCUGCAAAAGUACUUCCCCAGUGAGUUUGUCUCAGGCAAUUGAAAAACUGAGCAGCUUACAGGAAGACCUCUGUCCAUGGGACAACAUGGGGCUUCAGCAACUUUCAGCAAGAUCUGGUGACCAAAGUCCAGCUCUGUGGAAAACUGACUCAAAGAAAUCUGAUAGCAUUAAAAGUCUAAGGACAGAAGUUUGUCCAUGGGAAACCUCAGAAGAGGUAAAAAUAUGUCCAUGGACAGAAGCCAUGGCCUCACUAAAAACCAGAAAACUAAAACAAGUCCCAGUUGUGCUUUGCAAAGAAAAGGAAGGCAAUGCACAAAAAAGUCCAAACUCCAAGAAAGUUUGGGGAGAAAUAGCAUUAAAAAAAAUAAAGAAAUCAAAAAGCCAUCAAGGAUCUAUUUUUCCCCUGGUAAGUAUGGGCACUGAUAAACCACUUGCGAAAAGCACCCAAAGCUUAGAUCUGUUGCAAGUUAGUUCUAAGAAAACGGGAAGUGUUGAGAGUCUAAAGGCAGAAAUUUGUCCAUGGGAAUUCCAGGAGCUUCAGACAGAUGCUAAGACUGAAAUAGGCCCUGGAACUAUAGUUGAAGGUCCACCAGAUGAAAGUACCUUUAGAGAAGAGUCAGACCAGGUUUCCAAUGACAAAGCAGAUACCAAACCUUUAAUAAGGCAGAUGAGGAGACAAGAAGAAGUAAGCAGCCCACAAGAGUCUAUUUGUUCUUGGGAGAGCUUGGAACAAGCAAGCAGCCAAAGCCCAGUAUUGCCCAAAGAUGGCUCAAAGAAAUCAGAGAAUGCUGAAAGCCCAAGAGCAGAGGUGUGUCCUUGGGAAGCUGAGGAAGAGGAAUCCAGUGGCAAGGCUGAAUUAUGCCUCAUGGAAACAGCACCUACAUCUAGCAAUGACGGGAUAUUAAGGCAGGAUAUCAACGGAGUUGCAAAAGGCAAAACAUUGACAAGUCCAAGCUUAAAGAAAGUCUGGAUAGAAAUAGCAGCUAAAAAAUUCAAGUCCCAUAGCCAGCAAGCUUCAAUUUCUUCCCAGGAAAAUACUGACAUACUCGCAGUAAAACCCCGUAGUAAAAGUUUAGAUCUGUCCAUAAAACUGGACAAUGCUGAAAGCCUAAAAACAGAAUUCUGUCCAUGGGAAAUGCAGGAAGCUGGAGCUACCAUGAAAGCUGAAAUAUGUCCCUGGGGAGGGAUUGAGGCUCCACCUGAGAAGGGGACAUCAAGUAGCGUCAUAGGUUGGGCUUCCAAAGGGAAUGUGAAAACAGGUUCAAGAAGCCCUAUAAAAACACCAGACACUCUGGAGAAAACUAGCCAUUCUCAACAGUCUAACUUUCAACAAGAGAAUACAGAUGCUGCAGAAGUCAUGGUAACCACCACUUCUCCAAAGAAGUUUGAUGGCACAGAAAAUAUAAAAACAGAGGUCUCCCCUCAAGAAGCCAGUCAGUCAGGGGCAUCCAAUGAGGGAGAGAUUUGUCCAUGGGAAGCAGGAACAGAGGUAUCAACAAACACUGGGAAAAGAGCCCAGAGCAAGCAGCAGAGUCUGGCUGGGCACAAACCCUUGUGCCGCAGUCUUCCAAGGGCACUGCCAGAAGGUAUAAACAGGAUCCUUUCAUUAGAAAGCAGAGAGGACAUUUUCAUAGACAACAUCUUCGUUUGGGAAGCAGAGGAAGAUUCCAUGCUGACCAGAAAAGACUCUGCAAAAAUCAGCGAAAACGUCUCAGAAGCCUGCCUAGGAGAGCCAGAAGAAGCCAGCUCCAUGCCUGCUGUCGUAGCCCAAAGCAAAACAGAGCAGAAGCCAGAAGCUCAGGAAGCAGAAGAUUCUAGCAAAGUCACAUCAGGUAUCUGUCCUUGGGAUUGUGACUGA